AUGAGACUCCCCAAUAAUAACCGCUCGUCCCUUCAAAAAACACCCGUCACCCCACGAAGCUUUGUGUCACCAACAAUAGUUGCAGGUUCCUCUUCGAGAUCGUCCUCUGGAUGGCAAGAAAAACAAAAACUCCACAACAAGCUUGUCAAAAAGUGGUCAGAAAGACUCCCCUUGGAAGGCGAUGACGAAGAGCCAUCAAGCAGCAGUGGUUCACUACGAUCACUACGGCCUUCUUUCUUUCAAGAUCAUGAUAGUGUAGUCGAUUCUCUUUGGGACAGCAAAACAUUCAUCGACUACAUUGACGAUGAAGAUGACAUUGCAGCAUCCUUCUUUCGUUGUGAGAACAACCCAUCCAACAAGAAUGGCUGUAACCCAAGGCCAUCUCUCCGACCAGAUGGGGUAUCUUCACCAAUGGCGUUGUCAUUGACUGACACAGACCGGUCUGGAAUGCGCAAGCACCUUCAAAAGCAAUGGAGCGGACACAACUUUGCAGCCUUGUUGCUGGAAGACGAUGAUUGA